AUGGCGUUUCCGGUGUAUCUGCUUCUCCUCCCUCUCCUGGCCAUCCUUCCGUUCGUCUGCCUGCGCCGCGCCGUGUCACGCCGGCGAGGCGCCGAUAUUGCCCAACUGCCUCCAUCUCCGCCCCUUCUGUUUCCACGUGAGUGCAGGAGCGCGUGCCAAGUGCUUGGAUUCAGUGUUCCGAAGGGCGCCAUGGUUCUCGUGAACGCAUGGGCUAUCAGCAGGGACCCCAAGUAUCGGGACACGCCUAAGGAAUUCUUUCCGGAGAGGUUCAAGCGUUCCAAGGUCGAUUUCAGGGGAACCGACUUCGAGUACACGCCAUUCAGGGCAGUGCGUCGGAUGUACCCGGGCAUAGCGUUCGCGUUCGCGUUCGCGAACAUGGAGCUCGUGCUGGCAAGCCUCAUGUACCAUUUUGACUAG